ACCAGAAACCUAGAGACCACUCCUCACAUUGUGUCCUUGUGUGUAGCUACUGUACAGCACUGUACAUUGCUCUCCUUGCCUCGUCUGCGCGCCUAGACUGCUGCGCUCUCCCCGUCGAGAAGUCAAUCUGACUAUCAUGCACCAUUUCUUAGACCACUUACACGUGGACCGACGAACAAGGUUCAGCUGCCUUCACGGGCUCUCGCACACCCGUUACUGACUGACUCGCAGGAUGGCGAGUGCCAGCACCACGUUCUCUGCGAUAGUAACACCCUCGCUAGACGCUCGAGCCGCACAUGCUCACUCCGAUAGGUGCGUCAGCAGCAGUUUCAGCUCCCCGGUCGCGUGCUGUAGCAUCUGUAGCAUGCAUAGCUUACGCACCGUCGAACACGUCAGCAGAGACCAGCUUGCUCACGCCAGCGAAUCAACAACCGCCACGUCGACGUGCCGCGAACAACGCUCCGAGUCCGGCGGCAUGGAGGCGCGUGCUCAAGACAUCACAGCACGAAGCGGCCGACGGCGAUAUGAUUGCCGGGAGCAUAGCGGCAGCUACCGUACCGCGCGCAGGCCCGUUAUAGUCACAUGCGGGUGGGUAGCGCUGCUGCAUCUGCUGGCGCUGCUCUCCAGCCCUCGCACCGUUGUCGCCAGAACGACCGCUGUCGACAAUACCGGUCCCGCGGCGAGUGGCGUCGCGAGUGGUGACACGAGCGGUGAUGCAAGUGGUGGUGGUGAUGGGGGAGCGGCGGCGAGAGGCGGUGCUACUGGCAACGGCACGGCGAGCGGGAACGCGAGCCACGCAAGCAUCAUGGCGUAUCACAUGCCGCACAUGCUCGCCAAUCUCCUCCAGAACCCCAGUUUCGAGGGCCCAGCCUUCCCCGCGCGCCCGCAGCAUUGGCGCGCGCGGGGGCACGUUGCCCACAUCUGCCCCGCUUCCGCUCCCGCGCCCGCCUCCCCGGCGGAGGCCGCGGAAGCCGCCGCAACCGCCGCGCCCUUCCACGGCGCGUGCGCGCUCGAGAUUGCGGGCUGCGACGCGGGGGACACUAGCAACGGGGGGAGCGGUAAUCGCGGGUGCAGCUGGGGGGGAGUGUCGCAGCGCAUUCCCACGCGUCCCGGCAUGCGCUACCGGCUGACGUUCUUUUUCACUGCCCGGGCUGCCCGGCAACGGUCGGUCAACCUACGCGUGCGAUUCGGGCAAGAGCGGGCGCGGUUCGCGCUGCCGGCGGCGGUCGCGGCGGCGGUGGCGCGCGGAGCCGCGCCGUCGGUGCUGGGGGGAUGGAGCAUGGGAUCGGUGGAUUACGUGGCGGACAACGCGACCACGGUAGUGAAAUUUAUCGUGGCCAUGGCGGAUAACAGCACCGUGAUUGACGGCGUCUCGGUCAUCGCGCUCCCGAAAGUAGCGGACCCCCGCCACCCGCGCAUCAUGCGCUUCGCCCUUCCGCCUCCCGCCCCCGCUGCCCCCCUGCCUCUGCUCCUCUCCGCCUUCGCCACUGCCGGCUCCGCCAACAUCACCCUCACCCCCGUCGUCCGCGCGCCUUCCGCUGCGCUUGGUGCGCCUGAAGCGUCCCCCAACGGCGCGCUUCCGCCACCCGCGCAUUCCCCGCAUCUCGUCACCACGGGCGCAGCGUUCUUCCCCGCGCCCCAGCAGCUUAUUCUGAAGGACGCCUCCGCGGGCCUCUGCGCCGCGCGCUCCUUUCUCACCGCCUUCACCUUCUCCGCCACGCGCGCGCCCUUCGACGCGUCCGCCGACGAGGGGGGCGCAGGGGGAACGGGGGAAGCUGAGGGGCUUGAGAAGGCAGCAGGGAAGGGCCCGCGCGCGGGGAAACCUACAGCGGGAGGGGGAGGGCUCGGGUUAGGGUUUGGUCACUCAUGUGCCCCUGCUGCGCCUGACGGUGAGAUACUAGCAGGGGAGGGGGGGGACGGGGAGACAGAAACAGCAAGCAGCAACAGCAGCAGCAGCAACAGCAGCAGCAGCAACAGCAGCAGCAGCAGCGGGUGGUUAGAUAGUACCGGGACAGAUAUAGCACUGGCAGCAUGCGAGCACGGGGUAGCCGUGUCCUUCGCCAGCUGGCAGGACAAUCCCGAGGAGCAGGCAGCAGCAGCGGGCACGCCGCUAAAGUCACCCCCCAAGGAGUACGUGGGCGUGCGCAUCGGCAGCAGCAUGAAAUCGCUGCUGGCUGCCAAUGCCGCUUCCUCCCUGCCUCUACCUGCUGCCUCUGCUGCAAACGGCUCUAACACCAACCAGCAGCAGCAGCAGCAGCAGCAGCAUGCGGGGGCGGCUGCUCUAACCGACGGCCAGCCGCACAGUGUGUGGGUGGAGUACUGCGCCCCCUCGCACACUCUCUCCGUGAGCUUCACCCGGCCCCGCGCCACGGCGCACCACUGCCCGCUUGCGUUUGAAGCAGACCGGCAGAGGGAGUGGGAGCAGCGGCAGGGCCGGCAGGUGGAGCACUCGCGCAUUCUCCGCGCACAGUUGGACCUCUGUGAUGCUCUAGGGGGUGGGAGUGGGCGGGGCGUGGAGUAUGUUAUCACCCAGUGGUCGUUCCGAGAGCUGGGAUCUCCACCAGUGUUUGACAAGGCAGCAACAGCCACCCCCUGGCAGCCAGACGCCACCUCCUCCUCCUCGUCCUCCGCGCUCUCUCCGCUCCUCAUUGCAGUGAUCGUCGUCUCCUCUGCUGCCGCCCUGGCUGCUGUGCUUGCUGUUUUCAUCCGCUUGAGGCGCCACCCAUUAGGAGCAUCGCGAAUCAUGGCGUACGACGAGCUCAUCGCCUCCCCAAACUUCCCCACCUUUCCCCCCUCCUCCUUCGCCUCCGGCUCCCGAUCCUACCGCUCCUCCCUUCCUCUGUGCCGCCGCUUCCGCUUGGACGACCUUAAGCGCGCCACCCACCGCUUUGACCUGCGGCGCCGUCUGCACCGGGACGGCCACGGGGGCGCGUACGGCUCCGUCUUCCGCGCUGACUCGAGCCUUAUCGCCCCGGACAAAGACACCCGGAGAUGCGACGACGGGCGAGGGGGCACGGGGGGUGUGCUGGGGAAGGGGCUGGGGGGAAGAGGUGGCGGGGGGGGAGGAGGAGGGGGGACGGAGUGGGCGGUGAAGAGGUACGGGCGGUUUAGCUGGCGGGUGGGGGACAGGGGGAGGAGCUUUGAGGAGGAGGUGGAGGCGUAUGCGCGGCACGGGCAUGUGCACCUGGUGCCGGUGGUGGGGUACUGCUGCGAGGGGCACGAGCACCUGGUGGUGUACCAGAUGCUCCCGCAUGGGUCGCUGCGAGACAACCUGCAUGCGCCCUGCGACUCGCCCAUGUCGAUGGAGCAGCGGCUGCACAUCGCGGUGGGCGUGGCGGAGGGGUUGGCGUUCAUGCACCAGCAGCACCCGCCGCUCAUCCACCGCAACCUCAAGCCCUCCAACAUCAUGCUCACGCCCUCGCUGCAGCCGCAGAUAGGUGACUUUUGCUUCGUGCAUCACGACAGCGAGGGGCGCAUCAACGCGGUGCCAGAGGCAGUGGAGCAGGAGGGGUACCGGGACCCCGCCAUCGCGGACCUGCACCUGCCCACACAGGCGCUCACACCGCAGCAGACCGACGUGUACAGCUUUGGAGUGAUUCUACUGGAGCUGCUGACAGGGCGACUGGCAGUAGUGCCUGACCCAGAUAACCCCUGCGACAACAUGGUCAUCACCGACUGGGCGGUGCACUACGUAGCAGAGGGUGAGGUGCAUCUCAUUAUCGACCCCCGGGUCUUUUCCCCUGACCUCACCCCCGCCUUCCAAACCCUUGGGGAUAUCGCCACUGCUUGUGUCGCUUCUCCCGCUGCCACCCGCCCGAGCAUGGAUGAUGUGGCAAGGCAACUUGCUGACGUGUAUGCGGAGUAUUUUCAAGAAGAGGGGGAGGGGGCUAUGGGGGUUGGCAUGAUUGAUGUGUCACAGCAUCCAGAGGUGUAAUCGGGCUUUGGAUGUUAGGCUGGGAGAUGAAGGUUACUUGUUUUGUAACUAGCUAGAGGAAAAUGGCAUCGCUAAAUGUGUAACCAAAACGCAAGUGCCAACACACUUAUACUUCAAGUACCGGUAUGAAAGGAUCUC